CAGAGAAGUGUAGAGAGAAAGAUGGACAGAAAGUCUUUGACGAGAGGAUUCUCUUUCUGCACCAAAGCCAGAAUGCGUUCCUCUCGUUCUUUCGCUCUUCCCCCCCACUUUAGUGUUAUUUUUGAAUGGGGAACUAAGAGUAAAUACAAGCACACUCCUGGGGAGUAUCGUAGAUUCUUGCGCUCUUCCACUGGACCGUGUGUGUGUGUGCGUGAGAGAGAGAGAAGAGAGUCAGCUUCCCGUCCGUUUCUAACUUCCUGUAUUGGCAGACAGGCACAUCCUGCAGGGCCAAAGCUAGAGGGAGAAGAUUGAGGAGGCGUGGUCCUUCACCGAGCUGUCUGUGGACUGGAGUUAGGGGUAGACUGGGUGGAGUGAGCUGCAGCAGGGUCAUGAGAGGGCCGGUUGCUUCCCACAGCACCGGAGGCCAACAGGUGGAGGUGCUGUGGAGAGCCAUUGGCAGAGAGCAACUUCCAGACGAGCAUGAGUCAUGACCUCAGUGGUGCUUGUCGACAGUGGGGGGACUGUGGUGGAGUAUGUCACAGCCAUGGAGGAUCCACAGCAGCUGGACGGAGAGUGUGAGGUCGAGGUGGAGCUGGAAGGAGAGGUGGAGGGCGAGUGUGAGGCUGAGGAAGUCUACGAUGAGGUACAGGAUGAAGCAGAGAUGGAGCAGUACCCAGCAGUGAUAGUGGAGGAGCUGCCCGGUGCCAAGCUGACAGAGGAGCAGAGCUUCUCGGCCCAAGUGUUGGUGUACAAUGAUGAGGACUACCUGAUGCAGGAGGUGGGCGAUGAGCAGGAGGUGGAGACACAGGUGGAGGCAGUGGAAGCUUCUGUCCAUGGCAGCAGUAUCUAUAGUUCUGACAAGACCAUCGAGGCAGCUGAGGCUCUGUUACACAUGGACUCGCCAUCCAGCAUCAGAGGAGACCGCAGCCCAGAUGUUUUUAUCCCACCCAAUGUCUCAACACCCGACUUCCUCCACGCUGCCAUGCGUCCAGAUGUGAUGACUGAGACGGUGGUAGAGGUAUCGACGGAAGACUGCUGUGAGGAGGAUGAGGAAAUGGUUACCUUGCUAGAAGAGCCUGAAGCAGAGCCUGACCAUGAGCCCAUAAAAAAGAAGAAAGCUGGACGAAGGCCAAAGAUACACCAGUCAGCCAUGUCCAACGUCUCAUCAGACCUAGGCAUCAAGAAAAAGCCAAGAGAGGGGAAAGCAGGUAAUACCACCUAUCUGUGGGAAUUUCUGUUGGACCUCCUUCAGGACAAGAACACCUGUCCCAAGUACAUCAAGUGGACGCAGAGAGAGAAGGGCAUUUUCAAACUAGUCGACUCCAAGGCUGUGUCCAAGUUGUGGGGUGAACACAAGAACAAACCCGACAUGAACUAUGAAACCAUGGGGCGGGCACUUAGGUAUUACUACCAGCGUGGCAUCCUGGCCAAGGUUGAAGGCCAGAGGCUUGUUUACCAGUUCAAAGAAAUGCCCAAAAACAUUGUUAUCAUUGAUGAUGACAAGGCAGAUGUGCCCAGUCCAGACCACCUGAUUGGCUCGGAGACUGCAGUGUCCUAUGAGCGUGUUCCUCCGCCAUCUGACAUGCUGCUCCAAGUGACUGAGCUGUCGUCCUCUAAGAAGCCAAACAUCUUGCGAGGUGGAAACCGAAGUGGUGAAGCACACACUCCCAUCGCCAGGAGUGGCAAGAUGGCAGCAGGGGGAGGGGCAGCAGUGGCCGCGGGGGUUCCAAGGAUAGUGACUGUUUCUGCGGCACCAGAUGGAAGCCAGAAACAGAACUCCCACGCUACCAUCAUCCCCACUGCCUCUGGGCCCAGGGCAGUACGGGUAGCCAUGCAGGUUCCUGUUGUAAUGACAACAUCGCUGGGUCAGAAGAUCUCCACAGUUGCAGUGCAACAGGCGUCAGGAACAACAGGAGCACAUGGUCACACCACCCUCCUUACCAGUGCUUCUCCGAUUGGUACAACCACAGGCAGCAACAGCUCGCAGCAGAAGGUUGUAAUCCAGACUAUCCCCACCAUGGUCCCUGCCACAGCAGAGAACGGAGACAAGAUCACCGUCCAGCUGGCCAAGAUCAUCACCAUACCUGCCCACCAGUUAGCCCAGUGCCAGCUCCAGACAACUGCCGGCGCAACUGGCUCGGCCAAGCCCAGCAUUGGGGCCUCUUCAGCAGGGAUCAAUCUCCUCGGGGGACCCCUUACAGUCCGGACCCUGGCUCCUGUCAGUGUCGCUCCGGGAACACCUGUGAUGAGACUGGCCGUGCCAGCUCAACAGCAGCAUCAGACGCAACAACCGACUCUGGUGGUGUCGCAACCAGGAAGUGUUGGUGGGGGGGCAGGUGUGGUUACGGUAUCGACAGCCGGUGAGACGGUGGCAGGGCAGACUCGGAUCGUCAGCGGCAUAAUCAAGGGCUCGGAGCUGGUGAUAGGUGGAUUGUCUCCUGCUGCUGGAGGAAUGGGGAUGGAGAAAGCUGGAACUGUCCAGGUCCAGGCUGUCCAGGUACCAGUGUCAGUGGCAGUCCAACACCAGCAAGCCCAGCUCCAAACCAUUCAAGUCCAUAAGCUGUCCCAAACGGAAAAAUCAAACGCUGUUGUCAAAAUAGACGAGGCUGAGGUCCCCAUGUUUGUCUUAAAGACAGAGGAACAUGAGUGUUGAGAUCCAGAGGGGUAGUUGGUAUAGUCCUAAUCCUUUUUUUCUUCUUUUUUUGUCCUAAUUACAACCAGCAAAAAAGUCUAUAAGACUUGGGUCCUCAGAGCUCCACCACCACCUUCCUUUUUUUUUUAAGCCUUUAAAGCUUUCCUCACACCUGCCCCAUUUCUGAUCUUAGCAGAUCAUGCUCCGAUCCGCAAUAAAUGUAUUGUGUACACCCCGACCCACCUGCCCAACCUACACAAAGACCCACCAAAGGGACAACACCAAGAAGGUAAUGGGACCAACCCUGAUCACUACAUUUCAACCUCUCUAUGGGCUGCUGUUACUGACUUCAAACUCCAAACAUGGACAAAAACUGUAAAAAGAACUGCUGAAACACUACAAAAUGUUGCAAGUAAUUGGAAGCAAUCCAAACGUGAAUUAAAACCAACAUGAAACUCUGAUAUAAGGAAGACGUGGUUUUGUAUAGAACUUUUUGUUUGGGUUUUCUUUUGCCUCCGCAGAUAAUCAGUGAUUUUGUUUUUGAAUGUCACUGUGGGGAUCUUGUACGGCUGGUGCUACACAAGUCUGACGUGGGGAGAGAAACCUGCGGGGGAAAGCGGCGGUGAUAUCUCGGUGUCUAUGUGGCUAACGAAAAGAGAAAACAGCCUUAGAUUUCAAUUUUGAACUUUUUCCUUGUAUUUUCUGUAUAGUAAACUUUUUUUUUAUAUACUUUGUACCAGUCACAGUAUUAUUGAAACUAGGGAAACUUGUAAAGUAUUGUAGUGUUGCUGCCUCUGUCAGGGUUUUAAAUGGUCAAAUAAAUUGAAUCUCACAGUUCUCUGGUGACGGAUCUACAGCAUGCUCUCGUUUUGCAGGGUGUUCCUGGUUUGGUUUGUCAUUCUGGGGUUGUACGGACAAAUCUCCCUGCUUAUAAGUUGCCAGGUUUAACUGGGAUAUUGCCCUCAUGGAAUUCUUGAAUCUUUUCGUUUCCCUGAAGUAGGCUCUCGGGCUUCAUGCUCUCUCCCCUGAAGCAUCGAUAUGCGCAACAGUGCACAUUACCACAACCAUUUUAAAAUCCACGCAGGCUUACAGAUGUGUGUAAGCUCAUGGGUAAAGGGCAGAGUGGACAGGAAGUGAAAUCAUUACUCUUCCUGAGCUGAAUUAUUAGAUGAAUACAAGAUCGGAGAUGUUGUAGAUCCACUCAGUUUAGUUGUGGCGUGGAGAAUAUCAGCACACUUAUGGAGUCCAAGUCAAAAGUUUUUUUUUCCAGAAAAAAAAAAGUUUCGUGGGUGUUAAUUUUCUAACUGUGGUUUUUUUUUUAACCCUACCUGUACAUUUCCUAUUGCUUUUUCUUGGUUAACUAAAAGGAGGGAUAUGAGAGAGAAUGUUGCUCGUGUUCAGACUGAACUGUUUGUAUAUUCAACAUUUGAAGUAUAUUCUAUUUUGUUGUACUUGUUUCAAAGUGUAUUCAAGUAGCUUUUACCGAGAUAUAAAAGAUAUUUGAAACUUUAAAUUUUAUGUUUCUCUUAUGUUUCUUAGUGCAACAGUCCUGAAGACUUUCACCCUAACACGUCCCCUCUGAUGACCUGUCGCUGGUCGACACAAAUAUCCACAUCGGCAA